AUGGUCGAGGUAUUGACCAGUGGGUUUAACAUGGUCGGGGUAUUGACCACAGCAGAGCUGAUAACCAGAGGGUUUAAUAUGGUUGGGGUAUUGACCACAGCAGAGCUAUUACUGACAUUGAUUGUGAAAGAAGAGCAGUCAGUCAAGCUGGGAAACUAUUGUCUGUUCUGUCUCUCACCUAUAGAUGGAGACAAAUCCUUUUCACUUUGAGAAAGAUUAGUCUUCUAAUACACUGUCUGUGUUCUUUCUUCUCAGAUUGUAAGGCUUAGCCGAGCCAGAAUGCACUGUUCUGAGAGAAAAUACAAUAUGAGGUUCAGAAAAUCAACACAGUGAUAGUUUUCAAUAGCAACAUCUAUACACAAAAAUAUGAACACAACAUGUAAAGUGUUGGUCCCAUAUUUCAUGAGCUGCAAUAAAAUAUCCAAUACAUUUUCAAAUAUGCACAAAAAGCUUAUUUCUCUCAAAUAUUUGUGCACUUUUUUUUUUUACAUCCCUGUUAGUAAGCAUUUCUCCUUUGCCAAGAUAAUCCAUCCACCUGACAUGUGGCAUAUCAAGAAGCUGAUUAAACAGCAUAAUCACUAUAAGGUGCACCUUGUGCUGGGGACAAUAAAAGGCCACUCUAAAAUGUGCAGUUUUGUCACACAACUCAAUACCACAGAUGUCUCAAGUUCAGGAGUAUUUCUGCCUGUAAUAAAGCCUUUUUGUGGGGAAAAACGAAUUCUGAUUGGCUGGGCCUGGCUUCCAAGUGGGUGGGCCUAUUGCUGCGCCCUUGCCCAGUCAUGUGAAAUACAUAGAUUAGGGCCCAAUGAAUUUAUUUCAAUUGACUGAUUUCCUUAUUUUGUAUUUGUAUUUAUUAUGGAUCCCCAUUAGCUGCUGCCAAGGCAGCAGCUACUCUUCCUGGGGUCUAGCUAAAUUAAGGCAGUUCAUACUAUUUUAAAAACAUUCAAAUACAUUCACAGAUUUCACAACACACUGUGUGCCCUCAGGCCCCUACUCCACCACUACCACAUAUCUACAGUACAAAAAUCCAUGUGUACGUGUGUGUAUAGUGCGUAUGUUAUCGUGUGUAUGCUUAUGUCUGUGUUGCUUCACAGUCCCCGCUGUCCCAUAAGGAGUUUUUUUUAAAUCUUUUUUGUUUAAAAAAAAAUCAAAUUUUACUACUUGCAUCAGUUACUUGAUGUGGAAUAGAGUUCCAUGUAGUAAUGGCUCUAUGUAGUACUGUGCGCCUCCCAUACUCUGUUCUGGACUUGGGGACUGUGAAGCCGUGCUGCCCUGUUCUGAGCCAAUUGCAAUUUUCCUAAGUCCUUUUUUUGUGGCACCUGACCACACCACUGAACAGUAGUCCGGGUGUGACAAAACUAGGGCCUGUAGGACCUGCCUUGUUAAUAGUGCUGUUAAGAAGGCAGAGCAGUGCCCUAUUAUGGACAUACCUCUCCCCAUCUUAGCUACUGUUUACAAUCCAGGGUUACUCCAAGCAGUUUAGUCACCUCAACUUGCUCCAAGCAGUUUAGUCACCUCAACUUGCUCAAUUUCCACAUUAUUUAUUACAAGAUUUAGUUGAGGUUUCGUGAAUGAUUUGUCCCAAAUACAAUGCUUUUAGUUUUAGAAAUAUUUAGGACUAACUUAUUCCUUGCCACCCACAGUGAAACUAACUGCAACUCUUUAAGUGUUGCAGUCAUUUCAGUCGCUGUAGUAGCUGACAUGUAUAGUGUUGAGUCAUCCACAUACAUAGAAACUCUAGCCAGUGGCAUGUCAUUAGUAAUGGGCCUAGACAGCUGCCCUGGGGAAUUCCUGAUUCUACCUGGAUUAUGUUGGAGAGGCUUCCAUUAAAGAACACCCUCUGUGUUCUGUUAGACAGGUAACUCUGUAUCCAUAAUAUAGCAGGUGGAGUAAAGCCAUAACACAUACGUUUUUCCAGCAGCAGACUAUGAUCGAUAAUGUCAAAAGCCGCACUGAAGUCUAACAAAACAGCCCCCACAAUCUUUUUAUCAUCAAUUUCUCUCAGCCAAUCAUCAGUCAUUUGUGUAAGUGCUGUGCUUGUUGAAUGUCCUUCUCUAUAAGCAUGCUGAAAGUUUGUUGUCAAUUUGUUUACUGUAAAAUAGCAUUGUAUCUGGUCAAACACCAUUUUUCCCAAUAGUUUACUAAGGGUUGGUAACAGGCUAAUUGGUCGGCUAUUUGAGCCAGUAAAGGGUGCUUUACUAUUAUUAUAAUAAUAAUAAUAAUAAUAAUUAAUAAUACUAUUCUUAGGUAACGGGAUGACUUUUGCUUCCCUCCAAGCCUAGGGGCACACACAUUCUAGUAGGCUUAAAUUGAAAAUGUGGCAAAUAGGAGUGGCAAUAUCGUCCGCUAUUAUCCUCAGUAAUUUUCCAUCCAAGUUGUCAGAGCCCGGUGGCUUGUCAUUGUUGAUAGACAACAAUAAUUUGUUUACUUCUUCCACACUCACUUUACGGAAUUCAAAAUUACAAUGCUUGUCUUUCAUAAUUUGGUCAGAUAUACUUGGAUGUGUAAUGUCUUGCAUAAGUUUGCUAAUCUUGCCAAUGAAAAAGUCAUUAAAGUAGUUGGCAAUAUCAGUUGGUUUUGUGAUGAAUGAGCCAUCUGAUUCAAUGAAUGAUGGAGCUGAGUUUGCCUUUUUUUCCUAAAAUGUCUUUUAAGGUGCUCCAAAGCUUUUUACUAUCAUUCUUUGUAAUUUAUCUUUGUUUCAUAGUGUAGUUUCUUCUUCUUCUUUUUAUUCAGUUUAGUCACAUGAUUUCUCAAUUUGCAAUACGUUUGCCAAUCGGUUGUGCAGCGAGACUUACUUGCCAUUCCUUUUGCCUCAUCCCUCUCAAUCAUACAAUUUUUCAAUUCCUCGUCGGGAUUUAACAGUUUCUACAGUCAUUUUCUUAACGGGUGCAUGCUUAUUAGUAACUGGGAUAAGCAAUUUCAUAAAUGUGUCAAGUGCAGUGUCUGUUUUCUCCUCAUUACACACCACGGACCAGCAUAUAUUCUUUACAUCAACAACAUAGGAAUCACUACAAAACUUAUUGUAUGACCUCUCAUACACAAUAUUAGGCCCAGCCUUUGGAACUUUGGUUUUCCUAGAUAUGGCUACUAUAUUGUGAUCACUACAUCCAAUGGAUUUGGAUACUGCUUUCAAACAAAUCUCUGCAGCAAUAGUAAAAAUAUGAUCAAUACAUGUUGAUGAUUUAAUUCCUAUACUGUUUGUAACUACGCUGGUAGGUUGACUGAUAACCUGAACCAGGUUGCAGGCACUGGUUACAGUUUGAAGCUUUCUCUUGAGUGGGCAGCCUGAUGAAAGCCAGUCAAUAUUUAAAUCACCCAGAAAGUAUACCUCUCUUGAUAUCACAUACAUUAUCAAGCAUUUCACACGUUAUCCAGAUAUUGACUGUUAGCACUUGGUGGUCUAUAGCAGCUUUCCACCAGAAUGGGCUUUAGGUGAGGCAGAUGAACCUGUAGCCAUAUUACUUCAACAGUUUUUAACAUGAGAUCCUCUCAAAUCUUCACAGGAAUGUGGUUCUGAAUAUAAACAGCAACACCUCCACCAUUGGCAUUUCUAUAUUUUCUGUAAAUGUUAUAACCCUGUAUUGCUACCACUGUAUCAUCAAAGGUAUUAUCGAAGUGAGUUUCAGAAAUAGACAGAAUAUGAAUGUCAUCUGUUACUAGCAAAUUAUUGAUUUCAUGAACCUUGUUUCUUAAGCUAAAUAUGUUAACUUGGUCUAUUUUGAGCACUUUUCUUCUGGGAUGCUUACUUGUUUUUAUUGCUUUACUGGGAAGCUUAGCAGCAGUAGAUGUACUCAUGUUCUUUAUGUUAGUGCAGGGUGAGCUGCACACAGUGGCCUUCCUCCUUGGGCACACCGGCUCAGUGCUAACAGUAUACAUCUGGUUCUUAGGCAUAUGAUUACUGCAUACAAUAGCUGUAGGAUCAGCAGAGGCAUUCAGGGCAGUUAGAGGGACAUAAAUUAGGUUAUUUACAUUGUGUCUACCGACGCCCCUGGUGUAAUGUACAUUUGCUGAAGCAUUUAGACAACUCUGCGUCACAAUGGUAGGGAUUAGCUGAGCUGGGCUUGGGUGAUUGCUAAGUCAUUGUCUCAACGCAGCCUUAUAAUGCUGUGAAAGGAUCCAGGAACCCAAAUGAUUUGGGUGGAUCCCAUCCUCCUUAUAAUAUGUGUUUUGUUUCCGAAAGGUAUCAAAAUUGUCAACAAAAGUUACACCCAUUGAGCUGCAAUAAUCACAUAGCCAGUUGUGAAGAGCAAGAAUCCUGCUAAAGCGUUCAAUGCCACGAUUCAGAGAGGGCACAGGGCCAGAUAUGAUGGGUUUUUUGUUAGUGUCUAGCAGAGAAUCAAUCAGUUCUUUCAAAUCCAGUUUCAACUGUUCAGAGCUGCCCUUCAUAAUGUCAUUAAAACCCACAUGGACUACGAUAGAAUCGAUUUCCAUGUCCUGACUUAGUACAUUCAAUGCCAUACAACACUCCUUCAGUAGCCUCCAACUGCUCUUAAACACUAGUAAAAAUAAAUGCAUGCUCUUCAAUCGAACGCUGCUGGCACCCGCCCACCCGACUAGAAUCACCACUCUCGACGGGUCUGACCUAGAGUAUGUGGACAACUACAAAUACCUAGGUGUCUGGUUAGACUGUAAACUCUCCUUCCAGACUCACAUUAAGCAUCUCCAAUCCAAAGUUAAAUCUAGAAUCGGCUUCCUAUUUCGCAACAAAGCCUCCUUCACUCAUGCUGCCAAACAUGCCCUCGUAAAACUGACUAUCCUACCGAUCCUUGACUUCGGCGAUGUCAUUUACAAAAUAGCCUCCAACACUCUACUCAGCAAAUUGGAUGUAGUCUAUCACAGUGCCAUCCGUUUUGUCUCCAAAGCCCCACACACUACCCACCACUGUGACCUGUACGCUCUUGUUGGCUGGUCCUCACUACAUGUAUCCCAGUAUCUCUAUUUGCACAUCAUCUCUUGCACAUCUAGCAUUCCAGUGUUAAUACUAAUUGUAAUUAUUUUGCACUAUAGCCUAUUUAUUGCCUUACCUCCAUAACUUGCUACAUUUGCACACACUGUAUAUAUAUUUUCUGUUGUAUUUUUUGACUUUAUGUUUUUUUACCCCAUAUGUAACUCUGUGUUGUUGUUUUUAUCGCACUGCUUUGCUUUAUCUUGGCCAGGUCGCAGUUGUAAAUGAGAACUUGUUCUCAACUGGCUUACCUGGUUAAAUAAAGGUGAAAUAAAAUAAAUAAAUAAAUAAAAUAAACAUUCGGGAGCAGCUUAGUAAUGUCAUUUACUCCAGCUCCGGGAUAGGACAUUGUUUUUGCACCAGGAACGGUCACAUUUCUUACCAUGGAGCUGCCCAAAAUCACGGCUGGCGAGAAGGACGAGGAUAUCCGCCCACUCCAACGCUUCACAGGAUGCAGGCCUCCGACAGAUGGAGAAGCCCCGCUCAAUGCAAAGCAGGGACGGAAGGUUGCCGACAUCGAAAUCGUAGUAGUAGGCUAGGCAUCCUGCUACAGUUAUAUGAACUGUAACGCAGUCAAAUCUUUGAAAUUGUUGCAUGUUGCGUUUAUUUUUGUUCAGUAUAAAAUCCUGUCCUUACAUUCCUCUCUGUCCAGACCAGGCCUUGUAGGUCUAUUAUUUUGUCCCUAUUCCAAUAUAUAUAUAUAUAUAUAUAUAUAUAUAUAUAUAUAUAUAUAUAUAUAUAUAUAUAUAUAUAUAUCUUUACAAAAUAUUGUAAUCCAUAGAUAUUUAUGAGCACUUACUAGCCUAUGUCAUAUUUCACAUUGCUUACAAGGUAUUAUAAAUGAUCUUAUAAAGCAUUAGGAAGAGGGUGUUCAUAGAAAGUGUUACAAAUAUUAAUAUUCUCUUCCUAUGUGUUUCCUCCAGGUGGGUUGUGGAGUGUGUUCACACUGGGCGGAGCCGGCAGUAAGCCAGGAUUGGAGCAGGAACAGAACCCGCUGCCCUUAUCCAAUCAGAGCCUGUUAUUACUCCUGGUGCUAGCCAAUCUGACAGAUGGACCUAACGACUGCCCCAACCCUUACAGACAGGCUGUCACCUGCUUCAAAAACACACAAGGUGCUGCCCUAUACGCACACAAACACACACACACACACACACACACACACACACACACCCCUUACAGACAGGCUGUCACCUGCUUCAAAAACACACAAGGUGCUGCCCUAUACGCACACAAACACACACACACACACACACACACCCCUUACAGACAGGCUGUCACCUGCUUCAAAAACACACACUGUGGGGCUGGGAAUCUCCAGGGAACCUCACAAUACGAUGAUAUGUUACUUAGUAUUUUUUAUUAGACUCUUUAUUGUGAAUGUUUUAUAUUUAAAAAGAAGAUGGAGAACCAGCUAUAGGUCGAAAAAUACAGGAGUUUUGGCGCAGGUACAGCCUACUAGAGUUAUCUGUCACUACCGAAGGUUUUUUUUUUUUGGGGGGGCGGGGGAUACUUUGAGUCAAAGUAUGUAUAUAAUAUCAUCCAAAAUAAUAUUGCGAUAUGUAACUGUAUCGAUGUUUUCCCCCAUCACUACCUGUCUACACGCUAAAGGCAUUUGGUUUUAUCUAUUGAAAAUACAUAUAUUUAUUGUUCAUUAUCAGAACAAAAUUUCUGUAGCAAUAAUGCUUGACUACUGUGCAGUAUAGUCAAGUACAGUAUAUAGUGAGGUUAAGAAGCUAGAGAGGGAAUCGUACACCCCCCCCAAUUUUUUUUUUUUAACAAUUAACACUCACACUUGACUCUUUCUCCCUUACUGUUUUUUAUUUAUUCACUUUUAUGUAAUCAGGGGAGCCCAAUUGAGACCAGGGUCUCAUUUUCAAUGGUGCUCUGACCAUUGCUGAUAGCUACUUUGUUGAGGAAAAUUGUACUUACUGUGAUAUAUGGUUGUCCCACCUAGCGAUCUUAAGAUUAAUGCAUUAACUGUAAGUCGCUCUGGAUAAGAGUGUCUGCUAAAUGACAAAUGUAAAUGUUUACAGUUUAUAUACAGUAUGACAUACUGUGGCAAUAGAAGCUGACUUAAAGGGAACUUUCAGUGAACGUUGUGUCUCAUUGUAAGUUGCCUUUGAUAGGAGUGUGUGCUAAAUGGCUUAAAUAUAAAACAUCCAUGUCAAAUCAAAUGUUAUUGGUCACAUAGACAUAUUUAGCAGAUGUUAUUUGUGGGUGUAGCGAAAUGCUUGUGUUCCUAGCUUCCAACAGUGCAGUAGUACCUAACAAGUGUUUUUUGCCUCCUUCAGACACGUCAUCGAUCCCUACGGAGCAGCACCAUACGUUCCAGAUCAACUUCAACAGCCUGUACACAGCUCUGUGUGAGCAACAGAGAUCUGACCAGGCUACACUGUUACUCUACACACUGCUGCAUCAAAACACCAAUAUGAGGACUUACAUGCUGUCACGCACAGACAUGGAGAACCUGGUAAGUUAAAUGAACAUUUAAAAAAAAUGUUCAACUUCCUAUUCAUCAUCUCCAGCACCACCACAACAUCAACAUAUGUGAAAAUGGCGCGUUUCUAUGUUUUGUAGUGGAAAAGAUAGAGGAAGAUAAGUGUUUCCAAUGACAUCGUCAACCAAUUAGUAGACCAGGGUUGCCCAACCCUGUUCCUGGAGAGCUGCCCUCCUGAAGGUUUUCGCUCCAACCCCAGGUGUUACUAACCUGAUUCAUCUUAUCAACCUGCUAAUUAAUAGAAUCAGGUGUGCUAGAUUAGGGUUGGAGUGAAAACCUACAGGACGGUAGCUCUCCAGGAACAAGGUUGGGCAGUCCUGGCCAGUAUGAAAAAUGUAUGCACUCACUUAACUGUAAGUCGCUCUGGAUAAGAGCGUCUGCUAAAUGACUUAAAUGUAAAUGUACUCAUUCGUUAAAAUCAGGAGACACACUGGUGAUGUCAUUGGAAACACUUAUAUUCCUCUAUCUGUUUUCCCAUAGAAACGUGCAAUUUGCACACGUUGAUUUUGGGGUGGUGCUGGAGAGGAAGAAUAGGAAGCUGAUAUAUUUUUAAUUUCCCUUUUUAAUAGAAUUGAAAAUAAUAGAUUUUAUUGUCCUCCUUGACGAACAUUCUUUUUCCCAGGCCCAUACAGUCCAUUUUACACAACUGAUUCCCCACACAGACAUUGACAGUUGUGCUCCCAUACAUUCUGCUCCUGUUACUAUUGGUCUAGUAGCCAAAGGAAGCCUUAUGAAGGUGCAAAUGUACUCUAAGGCGAUGUUCACACAGCAGACCUUAAUGUUCAUCUUCAGUUACGUGUUUCAAAUCUGUUUUGGAAUCCUGAGUGACCAAACAGCAAGUUACAAGUGACCAAAUCGGAUUUGUGUGUGUUCAGACAGCAGUCAUUUGCUGACAUGGCUACGCUAGUUGUCACGGUAAAGACCGGUGUGCGCGCAGUGGAAGAGGAUAAGAUAAUCCAACUUUCAAAACUAGUCCUUUUUGGCUAGCCACAGCAGUCAGCUAGCUAGGUAGCUGUUUAGUUUUCUAGCACAUUCACUAAUUUGUUUUGUAAACAAACCAUAAAUAAAAACAUCAGCUUCAUAUUCAUCAUCUCCAGCACCACCCCAACAUCAACAUAUAUGAAAAUGGCGCCUUUCUAUGUUUUGUAGUGAAAAAGAUAGGGGAAGAUAAGUGUUUCCAAUGACCGUUUACACAGAAGUCGCUUGGCCAGGAUUCAGAUUUGUAUCUUUUAAUUUUUUUUAUAUUUUACCCUUAUUUUACCAGGUAAGUUGACUGAGAACACAUUCUCAUUUACAGCAACAACCACCUGGGGAAUAGUUACAGGGGAGAGCAAGGGGGGUGAAUGAGCCAAUUGGAAGCUGGGGAUGAUUAGGUGGCCAUGAUGGUAUGAGGACCACAUUGGGAAUUUAUCCAGGACACCAGGGUUAACACCCCUACUCUUACGAUAAGUGCCAUGAGAUCUUUAGUGACCACAGAGAGUCAGGUCACCCGUUUAACGUCCCAUCCCUACACAGGGCAAUGUCCCCAAUCACUGCCCCGGGGCAUUGGGAUAUUUUUUCUUUAGACCAGAGGAAAGGGUACCUCCUACUGGCCCUCCAACACCACUUCCAGCAGCAUCUGGUCUCCCAUCCAGGGACCGCCCAAGACUAACCCUGCUUAGCUUCAGAGGCAAGCCAGCAGUAGGAUGCAGGGUGGUAAUGCUGCUGGCAGGGUGGUUUGAAAUGUGGCUUGAAAUAUCAAAAUCCAUGUGCUGUUCAGACUGCAGGAAAAUGAACAGAUUCGAAUCGGAUAUGCAUUUUUUAUUUAUUUGAGUCCAUUCAAACUGCCAACGUGAACAAGGCUUUAGUAAUCUUAGUCAUCCGCUUUCUUAAUUUCUCAUUGUUCCCAGCUGACAUAUUGGCACACAAUGGACAGCUGGUCCUGCGGGGUGUGCUUUGACGUCACUUCUCAGCAGGUUUUAAGGAGGAGGGGUUAGGGAGGAGGAUCACUCCCACACACAGUGGAACCAUGCUGAAACACACGCACACAGCUCCCUGAAGUCCCCCUCUGUGGAACGAUACUGGAGGCCUGAACACACACAUGGUCUCUCUCUGUCUCCCAGUGUCUCUUUAGUCUGGGAUGCAGUGUGUUGGAUGUUGGGUGCGUGUCAGGGCUUGCCUUCUGGUUGAGGUCUGGUGGCCCGCCCCACUUCCAGCCUCCAGUGUUGAACCACAGAUAGGCAGCCUGUCUCCAGGCUAGUCCACCGCACACCGCCCCCUCUCUGUCUCGCCCCCUCUGUCUCGCCCCCUCUGUCUCGCCCCAUCUCUGUCCCGCCCCAUACCACCCCCUUUCUGUGCCGCCCCACACCACCACCUUUCUGUGCCCUCCCCCUUUCUGUGCCCUCCCCCUUUCUGUGCCCUCCCCCUUUCUGUGCCCUCCCCCUUUCUGUGCCGCCCCACACCACCCCCUUUCUGUGCCCAUCCCCCUUUCUGUGCCCUCCCCCUUUCUGUGCCACCCCACACCGUCCCCUUUCUGCCCCGCCCCCUCUCUGCCCCGCACCCUCUCUGUUCCGCCCCACACCGCAGGAGCACACAAAGUAUACCAGGAAGGAAAACUGUGGCAUUUAUAAGUGGAUUAUCCUGGUUAAAUAAAUAUGCUAAAUGAAAUGAAAGGAAACAAAUAUGAGUAACCAACACACAUGUUCAUUCUCUAAUGAUCUUACCUUAGGUGGUGCCCAUCCUGGAGAUCCUGUACCAUGUGGAAGACAGGAACUCUCAUCACGUCUACAUGGCCCUCAUCAUCCUCCUCAUCCUCACUGAGGACGACACCUUCAACAGAUCCAUACAUGAGGUGGUGAGUACUGACCCUGACCCCUGA